CUCCCCCCUCCCCUUAGCAACAGAGGCAACAUGGCGGCGUCCAGUACAGCUGAGCAUUCUCCGGAGAUAUCGACGCCGUUAAAGAUACCGAAAACCGAGGUGCCAUCCCCUGAGUCUGAGGAUUUGAGUGACAGUAAUCAAUACCACUCCAACCCCUCGACGCCGAACCGCUUCUCGCCUCUGAACGUGGGCUCCGGGACCGCGGGCCGGACGGCGGCCUCGUCCUCCUCCAACAGCUUCACGGCGUGCCGGGGGAUGUCGUGGACCCCGUCCGAGACGAACGCCCUCAUCGCGGUGUGGGGCAACGAGAGGCUGACGGAGGCGCGGAUGCAGCAGCUGGAGGUGGCGGGCACCGUGUUCUCCGGCAAGGCCCCCGGGCCCGCCAUGUACGAGCGGGUGUCCAGAGCCCUGUCGGAGCUGGGAUACGAGCGGACCCCGUCCCAGUGCAGGGAGAGGAUGAAGACGCUGCGGCGCUGCUACAGCCGUGUGAAGGAGCACGGCAUUGGGAAAAGGAAGAGCAGCUACACCAUAGAGCAGCUGGAGAAGGUGUUCGGCCAGGGAGGCUGGGACUCCCAGAGCUGUGCCCCGGUGCUGAUCAACAGCAGCGGGCUGUAUCAGGAGAUGGAGUCGGACGGCAGCACCCUGGAGGACUUCUCCCAGGAGGACUGGUGCAACCAGGUGCUGGACUCGGCCUUCCAGGAGGGGGACAUGGAGACUGAAGAAACCCAGGUGCCUAAAAACCGAGCUCUGCAGAUUCAAAUAGAGCUGUCAGAACAAGCCCAAAAGAGGGACACGAUGCAGACCGUGAUGCGCAUCCUGGAGUCGGUGCAGCUGAAAUGGGAGCACUUCCAGACAUGGACGGAAUUCUCGCGGCUGCACCUCUCCAACAAGCUGGCCAUCUUCGGCGUGGGCUACAACACCCGCUGGCGGGAGGACGUGCGGUACCACUACGCCGAAAUCAGCUCGCAGGUGCCGCUGGGCAAGAGGCUCCGCGAGUACUUCAACCCGGAGAAGCCGGAGGGCCGCGUCAUCAUGACCCGGGUCCAGAAGAUGAACUGGAAGAACGUCUACUACAAGUUCCUGGACAUCACCAUCAGCGAGGCUCGCUGCCUGGAGCUGCACAUGGAGGUGGAUUGGACCCCCGUGACCCAGUCCAGGGCGGCGGGCUGCGGCAAGGGCACGUCGCACUACCUCCUUCCCGGGGACAUCCCCAAGGCGUACGGACUCUACGCCAUCGGCUACGAGGCGGCGUCGCCCUGUCAAGAUGCCGCUCACACCUUCCCCCGGGGCGACGAUGAGGACCGCGGCUCGCCUCACCGCGAGUCGGAGAACGGUUCUCAGAGUCAGACCGACGAUGAAGGCUGGGAGAAGUGGGACAGGACUGGGGGUAAUGUCACCUACUGCUACCUGGGCAUAGCGGAGGACAGGACCAUACAGCAGAGUCUCUUCCAGCACUUCCAGGGCUCUGGCAAACACUACGCCCACGGCGAACCCUCCGCCGUGACGCGUUUCCUGCAGGAGAACUGCCGCGGCACCGUCACCAAUCAGAACGGGGGCGAGGAGCAGCCGCAGCGUUUCGCCAUUUACAUCAAAUUCAUCGAGGUGGAGCUGGACUUCCUCUCAGCGGGCUCCCUGCUGGAGUGCCUGGAGACGGCCGUCGGCUGUCCCUUGAAAUACAACAACAAAGAAAUGUCGUAACCGCACUUUGUAUCGACUGAAGAAACAGGCGAAGGCAACAUGAGAGCUGAUUCUGUCUGUUUGAACUCAUGGAUGUGUGCAGCAGUCUGGCAAAUUUUUGCAGCCUGUUGAGCUGACUUUUUAUCAGACCCUCGUUAAGUCUUAAAAGAGCGAUGACGCAUAAUAAAGCAGAUAUACUGCGCAGAGAUGUGGGAACGCUAAGUUAAAUAUUACAGAGCUGCGUCAUCCAAGAAGUAUGUACUUAUUAUUUAAGGCCAAUGUGCACUACAAAGGUUUCUGCUGCUGGUUUAGUGUAGAUAGAUAUUGCCUCACCAGGGAGCGUGGGGUUGGCUAGGUCUACCUCAGUAGGAUGUAGCGAACAAGGCAGCGAGGGGACCGCAGCGUGGAGUUAUUCUAAAAUCUGCCUUUACUUUGACUGUUGGCGGUCCGGACCUGACCUCAGAGAAGCAUCCAAGAGUAGCGUGCUGGUUUAUGCCUUAUUUUAUUUUUUGCACGUGUGACCGGGCUGCAGCUGGAGAUGCUUCCAUGACCAUCAGGGAGAAUAGGUGGAGAACUGGUGACGGUUGAUGGGGGAUACCCAGUCGGGCGUGGUUUCCUCUCCAUUUCAUUUCAGCACGCUAAACCACACACGCCCCUUCAUUCCGACCUGUAACGACGGCUCUGAGCGGCAAGUAGACAAAACGCUACGUGUUGACGGCGUUGUAAUAAGUGCAAACUAAUGGAAACGUUUCUCACGCUGCUAACCGUAAAAAAAAAGGUCCUGUGGCGUCUUUGCAACACCUAAAUAGAGGUGUUCUCAUACCUGAACUUGCAUAUUGACCAAUACCGAGUAUAGAUCCGAUACCAGUGCUUUACAAACAAAAAGAUACACAUAUUAUAUUUUAAGGAUGUGAUAUGAUGCAAUCAUUUUUGUAUGGCCUGGCUCAGAUUAAACUAUUUGUAAAACUUGAACAAAUACAUACAGAGAAUGAAUGCCACAGAACUUUCUUUUUAUUAUCUAGUGUGACAGUUGGUCAAAACUGAAAAAGGGUUUGAACACCGUCUCCACGUGAAGUGAGAGAGAAGAGAGGACCGAGCUGAAAUGAAACAGG